AUGGACAAUGCAACUUUCAACAUGGAUAUUCUCCAGCUGGAGGGGUUAAAGGUCAGCCCUGAGUCCUCCUUUCCCGCCUUCAUCCUCCUCCUCCUCAUCUACGUCUUCAUCAUGGUGUCCAACAUCGGCCUGGUGGUGCUGAUCUUCAUGGAGCGGAGCCUCCAGGAGCCCAUGUAUCUACUCUUCUGCAACAUGAGCAUCAAUGAUGUUUUUGGCGCCACGACAAUCAUCCCUCGCAUCUUGAGUGACAUUUUUACUCCAAUCCCAGACCGGUACAUUCAUUAUUACGAGUGUGUAGUUCAGGCGUUUUGUGCUCACUUUCAUGCAGGCAUCUCUCACACGGUUCUGAUUAUCAUGGCCUUUGAUCGUUAUGUGGCUAUCUGCAACCCACUGCGGUACGCCACCAUUAUGACCAACAGGGUGGUAGUGGCGCUGUCAGUGUCGGCGUGGUGCGUACCUUUCUUUUUGGUGGCGAUCGUCAUAAUCCUCAGCGUCCGUUUGUCACGCUGCAGGCGCUCAGUAACCAACCCGUUCUGCGACAAUGCUUCCUUGUUCAAGCUGUCAUGUGAAAACAUUCUCAUCAACAACAUCUACGGUCUCGGCACCGCCAUGCUCACGAUGGCGUGCUCGCUCUGCAGCGUCAUGCUCACCUACCUAAGGAUUGCCAUGGUGUGUUUGAGUAGUAAGAACAAAACUCUGAACAGCAAAGCGCUGCAGACCUGUGCCACCCACCUGGCCGUGUACAUCCUACUGCUUUUGUCAGGCAACAUCAUCAUCAUCUUCCAUCGUUUCCCCGACUUAUCGGACGAAAGGAAGCUUGCAUCCAUCUUGUUACACGUGGUUCCUCCUUCCCUGAACGCUGUUAUCUACGGACUGCAAAUCAAAGCGAUCAGAGAACAAAUUUACAUAAUAUUUACGAGGAAAAAAUGA